GCAAGCGCGCUACUGCAGCGGUCCUGAUCAAUCAGUUUGCAGAUUGCACGCAUAUUCGUCUAACUGUAGGCCAGAAAAAUAACACAAGAUGUUCCGCAAUUCCUUGGUUCGCGUUGCCUCUGUGCUUAAAAAUGUUGCGGUUAAGCCCAAUGCCCCGGCUGCCGUGAGGUUCAUGUCCUCCCACAACACCGAAUCCGACGAGCAGUUCGACAAUAGGUAUGAGACCUACUUUAACAGGACCGACAUCGAUGGUUGGGAAAUCAGGAAGGGAAUCAACGAUAUCGUUGGUCAGGAUUUGGUCCCAGAACCUAAAAUCGUCAUCGCUGCAUUGAAGGCUUGCCGCAGGGUGAACGAUUUCGCCGUCGCCGUACGUUUCUUGGAAGCUAUCAAAGACAAGUGUGGCCCUAAGGUUAACGAAAUCUACCCAUACAUCAUCCAGGAAAUUAAACCCACACUCAUUGAGCUGGGUAUCAACACCCCAGAAGAGCUGGGUUAUGACAAGCCAGAGAUGGCCAUCCAGAACGUCUAUGAAAUCCACUAAACUAUGUGAUUCUAGGCAAAUAGUUGAAAUAAUGUUUAAUUUAUAAUCUACAAAUUUUCAAAUCGUUUCAAAAGGAAAAUAAAUUUUCAAAAAAGAAA